UGCUUGCGGCUUCACCCAUGCAUCAUCUCUCCCCUGCGUCUGAACAUCUCUUACCACUGCUAUUUCUACCAUUUCAAAUCUCGGUGACCGAUCGGUUGUUUUCUGCACAACAGUUUUCUUCAAUGUGUUUAUCUAUCUAUGGAAAUGGCCCAAGAACAGUUGAUGAUUACUGAUCGAUUGCUGCUUGCGAUCCAUUCUUGCCAUCAGAUCGCUUUCCAAAAUUACCAUAGUUUAAUCUGCAUUUCCGUACCGCAACGCACCAUUGACUCUGUCGCAAACGAAGACUUAGAGAGAGAGAGAGAGAGAGAGGAGAGAGAGUUCCUGCGGUUAUGGCAAGCCUGUUUGGUGGUGGCCUAGCCCCAGUGGGCACCAUGCGUCCGUAUCAUGUUGACUUGACCGUCUGGCCAUGGAGGACGGAGGAGGGACCGCCCAAUGUUCUCACUUCCCUGGGCGGCCGAGCUGACGGCGACCGUCCCUCCCUCUCUCCACGAAGCUUCCGCGAAGCAGCCUGGAGGAGUCCAAAAGACAAGCUUAUCGCCGUCUCCUGUCGAUGAGGGCCCCCUUCCCUUCUUGUCACCAUCUCGUGCAAGCACCGAAUUGAAGAGCACAUCCUAUCUUAUCCAGCAUUUAUACCGGCUUCCCUGUUUUCUUUUUUGUUUGCGUUGGAGAAUCUAGCAUCAUGUCCUGAGUUCAUACAUAACCAACCCCACCCUAGCUGGUUUGCAGUUAUUAAACAGUAAAAAAAAAUACUUCCUCCUCACAUCUAGAUACAUGCAUUUGAGCGUCAACUAAUCUCGGACAGAGGGCUUAGCAUUCUUGGAUGGCCAACGAAUAAAAAUAUCCAAGAGGGAGGCAUGACAAGAGAAAUGACUCCAUCAAAGUAUUCUACUAGGCCAAAAUUUUACAGGCCGGAAAAUUGCAGGCUCACAUUCAAUCAAUCAGUUUAUCUGCUUUCUUCUACACUUUGUGAUUGUAUCUUGCCAUUGCAAGAAAAUAACCUAACUUUUGAAAAAAUUCGGGUUGCCCUCUAUGUGCAGCAGGCUGCAAUCACUUUCAUUGGUGGCGCCAAGAAGAAUGAGUACCAGCUAACAGAUGAUAUAAUCAAAGCUGGGUUUUCCAUCAAUCCCGAAGAACUGGCAUCAAUAACAAGCAAGCAUGACUUGAAAGCUUUAAAGAUGCAUGGUGGGGUAGAUGGGAUAUCCAAAAAAGUUCGCACAACAUUCGACCGUGGUGUAUGUGCUACUGACUUGGAUACAAGACAAAGCAUAUAUGGUGUCAAUCGCUACGCUGAAAAGCCUUCAAGAAGUUUCUGGAUGUUUGUUUGGGAUGCAUUGCAAGACACGACUCUUAUCAUUCUGAUGGUAUGUGCUUUGUUAUCUGUUGUAGUUGGCCUGGCAUCUGAAGGUUGGCCCAAGGGCAUGUAUGAUGGCUUGGGGAUAAUACUCAGCAUUCUCUUAGUUGUGAUGGUUACUGCUGCCAGUGACUAUAAGCAAUCGCUCCAGUUUAAGGAGCUAGAUAAUGAAAAGAAAAACAUAUUUAUCCAUGUAACCAGAGAUGGCGGUCGACAGAAGAUCUCGAUAUUUGACUUGGUAGUUGGUGAUAUUGUGCAUUUAUCAAUUGGGGACCAAGUGCCUGCUGACGGACUGUUUAUACAUGGAUACUCCCUUCUGAUUGAUGAAUCCAGCUUAUCAGGUGAGAGUGAGCCAGUGUAUACUUCUCAAGAUAAACCAUUCAUAUUGGCAGGAACUAAAGUGCAAGACGGUUCUGCUAAGAUGAUAGUAACAGCUGUCGGUAUGCGCACUGAAUGGGGAAGGCUGAUGAGCACUUUGAGUGAGGGAGGAGAGGACGAGACACCAUUGCAGGUUAAGCUAAAUGGAGUUGCGACCAUCAUAGGAAAGAUUGGCCUGGUAUUUGCCACAUUAACAUUUGUAGUCCUGAUGACUAGAUUCCUUAUUGACAAAGGUUUGACAGUUGGUUUGUCCAACUGGUAUUCAACUGAUGCCUUGACUAUAGUGAACUACUUUGCAACAGCGGUCACUAUUAUUGUUGUUGCUGUUCCCGAAGGGUUGCCGUUGGCUGUUACUUUGAGCCUUGCAUUUGCAAUGAAGAAGCUAAUGAAUGACAAAGCGCUUGUUAGACACCUUGCAGCAUGUGAAACAAUGGGAUCUGCUGGUACCAUUUGCACAGACAAGACAGGAACUUUGACUACUAACCAUAUGGUGGUUGACAAAAUCUGGAUAGCCGAGGUUUCAAAGUCGGUUACAAGUAACAGUAGUUUGGAAGAACUGAAUUCUGCGAUUUCUUCAAGCGCAUGGAGCCUACUUUUGCAGGGCAUUUUUGAGAACACUAGUGCAGAGGUUGUCAAAGGAAGUGAUGGUAAACAAACUGUUUUGGGUACUCCUACGGAAAUAGCGAUAUUUGAAUAUGGCUUGAGCUUGCAAGGAUAUCGUGAUGCUGAGGAUAGGAGCUGCACCAAGGUUAAGGUUGAGCCUUUCAAUUCGGUCAAGAAGAAGAUGGCAGUAUUGGUUUCUUUACCUGGUGGGGGACACCGUUGGUUCUGCAAAGGUGCAUCAGAAAUUAUUGUUGAGAUGUGUGACAAAGUGAUUGAUCAAGAUGGAGAUGUUAUUCCCUUAUCAGACGAUCGGAGAAAGAACAUCACGGAUACUAUCAACUCAUUUGCUUCAGAUGCUUUAAGGACAUUGUGCUUAGCAUUUAAGGAUGUGGAUGAAUUUGAUGAGAAUGCAGAUAGCCCUCCUAAUGGUUUUACCCUGAUAAUCAUAUUUGGCAUCAAGGACCCUGUGCGACCUGGAGUGAAGGAAGCGGUUCAGAGCUGCAUAACUGCUGGCAUCAUUGUGAGAAUGGUGACUGGUGAUAAUAUCAAUACAGCUAAAGCUAUAGCCAAAGAGUGUGGCAUAUUGACUGAUGAUGGCAUAGCAAUAGAAGGACCAGAUUUUCGUAACAAAAGCCCAGAAGAAAUGAGGGACCUGAUACCUAAGAUUCAGGUCAUGGCCCGUUCGUUACCAUUGGACAAACAUUUGCUUGUGACAAACUUGAGAGGCAUGUUCCAAGAGGUGGUUGCUGUGACAGGUGAUGGUACAAAUGACGCUCCUGCGUUACACGAAGCAGAUAUUGGGCUUGCUAUGGGCAUUGCAGGGACAGAGGUUGCGAAGGAGAAUGCUGAUGUCAUAGUACUUGACGACAACUUCACAACUAUAAUAAACGUUGCAAGGUGGGGUCGUGCGGUUUACAUAAACAUCCAGAAGUUCGUGCAGUUUCAGUUGACCGUGAACAUUGUUGCUUUGGUGAUCAACUUUGUCUCAGCGUGCAUCACAGGGAGUGCUCCUCUCACUGCUGUGCAGCUGCUGUGGGUGAACAUGAUUAUGGACACAUUAGGAGCUUUAGCUCUAGCAACUGAGCCUCCAAAUGAUGAAAUGAUGAAGAGGCCGCCUACUGGGCGAGGGGAAAGCUUCAUCACCAAGGUCAUGUGGAGAAACAUCAUUGGGCAAAGUAUAUACCAGCUGGUUGUGCUUGGCGUUCUCAUGUUCGCCGGCGAAAAUCUUCUGAACAUCGAGGGUCCAGAUUCGAAGACCGUUCUCAACACGCUCAUAUUCAACUCCUUCGUGUUUUGCCAGGUAUUCAACGAAGUGAACAGCAGGGAAAUGGAGAAGAUCAACAUUUUCCGCGGUCUCAUCGGCAAUUGGGUCUUCCUCGGGGUAAUAAGCGCGACAGUGGUAUUCCAAGUGGUGAUCAUCGAGUUUCUCGGCACUUUUGCAAGUACUGUUCCACUCAGCUGGCAAUUCUGGUUGGUGAGCGUGGGUCUUGGAUCCAUCAGCUUGAUUAUUGGAGCUAUCUUGAAGUGCAUUCCAGUUAAAUCAGGUGAAAUCUCUGGAAGUCCAAAUGGUUACAAGCCGCUCGCCAACGGCCCUGAUGACAUAUAGCUGGAGAAGGGUGAUUUCAGGAUGGAUCCAGGCUGCAUUUGCUAUUUUGGCUCUGUUGCAUCGCCAGCCGCUAAUUUUCUUGAAUUCAUUUGUAGUGCGAGUGUGCGCUGCAGGAUUGCUUUUUGGUGCUGCAUUUGUUUGGGAAGUCAACUCCGGCUUGAGAAUCCUAUUGCUGGAUUUGGAUUUAUUUGCAUUUGAAUGCAGUGUAAGACUUUUUUUUGUC